AUGGACUUAAAAGGAUAUUUAAAUACUCGUGCUAAAGUUGAUCCUAAAAUCACGUUCCAUCAACGAAUACAAAUGUUCUGUUUUUACGAAAUGAUUAUGCUGUAUUUGCAAAACUUAUUCAGCUUACGAUGUCAUGCAGAAAUUGCAUAUUGGGAGACUGCUCCAACAGCACUUUAUCUUUCGAUCUGUUGA